UCCAGAUUAAAUACAUAAACAAUAUUCUCUGUAAGUAAAUAGCAUGCUUUAUGGAGUGGUGUGAUUAAAUCAUGUAUACUUAAUAUAUUGAAUUUUUCGGACGUACAUCAAAGACUAAAUCUUUAUUUUUGUUUUGAGGAUAUAAACUUAAAAUGUCGAGUUCCAGUGAGGAGGAGGAGCAGGAUGAGAUUGCCAAACUGGGACUCUCCGAAGAGCAACUUGCAGAUUUUCAGCGAGCAUUUGACCUUUUUGACCCUGAUGGAGACGGCACGAUCACGACCCUAGAACUGGGAACGAUUAUGAGGGUCAUAGGUCAGAACCCAACAGAAGCCGAACUACAGGAUAUGGUCAACGAAGUUGAUGAAGAUGGAAACGGAACAAUAGAAUUUGACGAGUUUGUAAAGAUGAUGGUGUUGAAAACAGCGUCAGAUAAUGCUGGGGUAAACAAGGAAACAUUUGACGUAUUUGAUAUAGAGAAAACUGGCUACAUCACAGCAAAAGAACUGAAGAAUGUGAUGUCGAAUCUGGGAGAAGAUCUAGGUGAUGAUGUAAUAGAAGAGAUGAUCAGCAAGGUAGAUACGGACGGUGAUGGGAAAAUUGGAUUCGAAGAAUUUUCGGCCAUGCUUGAAGCCCCAGACGAGUCGUACUUAAGAAAAAAACCAGCUGUUGUUGAAGAAACUGUGUUGGAGGAAUCAUCACAUGACCUUACUGACCAUUCAGAAAGCACCAUAGGAUGAUUUAUUAUACAUAAUGUAAAAUUAAAACAAUGACAACAUUGCAAAAAUGA